AUGUCAACCCCAGUAGAUGAGGAAAGGCAGCCUCUGAACCCUAGGGGGUCAAGAUCACAAGUCCGUUACAUAUCGAUUCCGCUUGCUAGGAAUCCUGACCUGGAAGCUGUCGAUGGGGAUACAUCUGGUUAUGCGGUCCAGGACAGCUCUUUCACUAACCAUGAGCCACAACCCAUGGGUAGAAGGCAAUCUAUCCUGGAUCAACCUAUCGGGUCCUUCAGAGGUGUGAACUCACUCUCACGAUUUGCAACAUCUUUAAGAAGAGCUAACUCCUUCAGAAAUAUUGAAGUUAAACCAGAGGUUGAAAGAACCUAUUUUAACGAUGAUUAUGAUGAAUUAUUUGAUCCUAGCACACUUGCUCCAGCACCUCAUGGUAGAAGCCUAUCCAUAGCUUUACAGAGCGCCAAUGCCACUUUACAAGUAUCUGGUAAACCAUCAAUACCAAAUAUCGAUGCUCAAAGUACACAUAGCAUAUCUCAACAAGAAUUGGAAGAUUUUAGGUCAAUACGUACUACUAGUUUCUCAAUGGAUAAUAAUGGUAUCUUGAGACCCACAUUGUCGAUGAACGAAAUGCUAACUGGAUCUACCCCGUUUGACACCAACGAUGUAGAUUCAAUGGUUAUCAAGCAAGUUGAGGGAAAAGAUGGUACAGUGGUGACUUUACUUGCUGGUCAAUCUACAGCGCCACAGACUAUCUUCAACUCGAUAAAUGUAUUAAUCGGAAUAGGAUUAUUGGCUUUGCCUUUAGGAAUGAAAUACGCUGGGUGGAUUCCAGGAUUAAUUAUGCUUUCUAUUUUUGCAUUUGGUACAUUUUGUACUGCUGAGUUGCUGUCUCGUUGCUUAGACACUGACCCUACUUUAAUUUCAUAUGCAGAUUUGGGUUAUGCAGCAUUUGGUUCAAGAGGUCGUGCAUUUAUUUCUGCUCUUUUCACUGUUGAUCUAUUGAGUUGUGGUGUGUCGUUAGUAAUUUUAUUUGGGGAUUCUCUUAAUGCACUUUUCCCUCAAUAUUCCGUAACCUUUUUCAAAAUCGUUUGCUUUUUUGUUGUUACACCUCCAGUAUUCAUUCCACUAAGUAUUCUGUCUAACAUCUCAUUACUAGGCAUUCUAUCCACUACAGGUACAGUACUUGUGAUAUUCAUCUGUGGGUUGUUCAAGAGAGAUGCACCAGGCUCACUUAUAGAACCAAUGCCAACUCAUCUGUGGCCAACUGAUUUCAAAAGUUUAUGCCUGUCAAUAGGUUUGUUAAGUGCUUCAUGGGGUGGCCAUGCAGUGUUCCCUAACUUGAAAUCCGACAUGAGACAUCCUCAGAAAUUCAAGAAAUGUUUAAAAACUACAUAUCAAAUAACUUCAGUAACCGACAUUGGCACUGCAGUUAUAGGGUUUUUAAUGUUUGGUGAUUUAGUUAAGGAUGAAAUUACAAAAAAUGUGUUACUAAGUGAUGGCUACUCUAACACUGUCCAUGUACUAAUUUCUGCACUAAUGACUGUCAUCCCAAUCGCAAAAACACCAUUAAAUGCUAGACCAAUUGUAUCUGUACUUGAUAUAAUGUUUGGCAUUCACGAGGCCGAAAAGGAGUAUACAGGUAAAAAGUUGAAGUUUGCCCAAUUUGGCCAAUUCUUUAAUAGAAUUUUUGUCAAUUUCAUGUUUGUUUUAAUUGCAAUCAUAUUCCCUCAAUUCGACAGAAUCAUUGCAUUUAUGGGCGCCGGUUUAUGCUUUGCUAUAUGCUUCAUUUUACCUUGUCUUUUCUAUUUGAGAAUAUGUGGCGAGGCUAAUAUUGUAAAACCAUGGGAAAGAUUAGCAUGCAAAGCCACUAUUGUAGUCAGUGUUGUUCUAUCAGUACUUGGUGUUAGCGCUGCCAUGUUUUCAUGA